CAACAGAGGCAGCGGGUCCCCUGAUGAGAGGAGCUGGAGCCUCAGCCUCAGCACUGCUGCAGAGAAGCCGGACAGCUCUGGAGAGGCAAGCUCGCUAGCCCUGCAGGCUCUCCUGUCUCCUCCCAGGGCGGCACGGACUGGUGAGUGAGCGCUUUGGACUUUUCACUCGGGAAUUUUUCUCACAAGAAAAGCAAGUUUUCAUGCAAGUCAAACCAGCUCCCCAACUCCCUCUUUGAUGAUGUCCAUGGAGCAGAUGCAGUCACUGGAGCUCUCAGAAGACAGACAGGAUAAGCUCACCCCUCGCUGCAGCCUCUUAGAUGAUCUUUCGGACCAAUUCACUAAAGACUGUGAUCUCAAAAAGAAGCCAAGGAAGGGGAAAAAUGUACAAGUUGCCCUGAGUGUUGAGUCUGACCAAAAAAAGCCAAGGAGGAAAGACACACCAGCACUGCACAUCCCGCCUUUUAUACCAGGUGUGCUUUCGGAACAUUUAAUUCAAAGGUAUGAUGUCCAGGGGCGGCGCCCAAAGGGCAAGCCAAGUCCAGCUCUUCACAACACUGACCUGGAACAGAAAAAGCCAAGGAGAAAAGACACACCUGCCUUGCACAUGCCCCCCUUCACAGCAGGUAUGACCCUACUCAGGGACGAGAGGCCCAAAGUCAUCAUGGAAGAUGAUGAAAAGGAGGGUGAUAAGAUAGCUAUUUAAAGAGAUUUCCCCGGAGAUCAUAUGUAAAUAGGCUAGAUUGAUUCCCUGUGGUGACCUAGAAAAGAAAAUAGACUUGUUUCUGUACUCAAUUUGUCAUAAUCUCCCUGGAAGAUUGAGACACCUUUUCCCAAGGAGAUGUUCCAUCUCAGACUCACAGUCAGCUCUCGUCUCUCGCCUUCCCUGAGCCUGCUUCCUACUUCCUCCUCUUGAUUUUCCAUUUUCUAAUGUGAUGGAAAGGAAGUGUAUCAUCCAAAAUCAGAAGAUAAUAGGGAAAAGGAUUUGGUUCAUUUUCUGCAUCUUGCAGACAAAUUCAUGGAGCAAAAACAUGGGUGACAUAGGAAUACUUCAGUUAGCAGACGCGAAUUAUGUUACUGAGUGAGACCUCACUGGACACCAUGCAAACACUUGUGCAAGUGGACGUCCUUGUUACCAGUUAGGAAGGUGGCGCACUUGGGUCUAACUCACUGAUGAUUUUGGAGAACAUAGACUUUUGUCUCUUUAAUUCUGUCUGAAGAGUCCAAGUGUCUCUGGUGACACUCCCAUGGUGAAAACGUGAUCUGGGCAUCAAAUCGAGCCAGCCAUGCCUUGGCUGUCAGCGCCAGAAGUGGAACAUGCCAGAAGUGCUCUCAGGGACACUUGGAAUCCUAUCCUAUUUGUUUUUGUUUUUAAACAGUAUUUCUGAACUACGCAGAACUAUGCAACCGUCUUGACAUUUGUGAACUGUGCUCCACAGAUGACACAUCCGACACUGUGGGUGAGGAAUUUACUUUGGAGAACAUGAAGAUGAAUAUGUUUUUAGCAUCCUUUCUGGCUUGGACCCCAGUAUUAUUGUAGGGAUGGCAGAGGGAGACGUGGCAUGAGCUAGUCAGCAGAGGUGAAUAGACAGCCCCUGCCCGGGGCCACGGUCUGUGUGCGGACCACGGGGAGGCUCCCUCUGACGGCCUCAGCCACCAGCUUAGGGACUUGGGGAGAGGUGGAAACUGCUUUAAAAAGUCAGAAAGCUGGAUGUUCAAACUGAUUCUACCUGAAAGUUAUGAUCUGGAUCCAACAGGUUCUCCCUUAUGUCCUUCCAUCCACCUCAUCAAAGUAGAAAUGAUCAGAACCUCGCUGGUAAUAAAGAAAUUUUUGUCCCCA